AUGAUUUGGGCUACUGCAUUGGCGGCCUCGCUCUUGGCCACAGGCGCUCAUGCUGGAGUUGAUAGAAUGAUAGGCAUGAUGGAGACGAGGAUGGAGGGCGAAGUUACACCGAUACUACAAAAGAGGCAAAGCAAUUCAAUCAACCUCACACCAGACUCAUCAUCGAUGAAUCUUACUCAAUGGAAUACGGAAACCUCAGCAGCGUGUACGGCGGCUUUGAAACAGCUCGCAGUGGCAUCUAACCCUUCAGGGACGGCUGUGUGCUACAAUAUUCCCAGUCUAGACACCAAUACCGGCACAUUCAUGGCAGAUUUAAGGUUAUUUCAGGUCUCGUUGGCGACGGGUGAUUUCACUACCAUACCACAACAGAACAUCCAGGUCGAGCUGCAGUAUAAUGGCGCCUCGGUGUCACCGGUCAGCUCGUCGCAAGUGAACACUCGCGAUUUGGGAAGACGUGAAGUUAACCCCAGUCCACUACAAACAUACAUGUUUGUGGGACAAAUCGACCAGGCCCAGCUCGCCCAGCCAAUGACUAUGGGGGUUCUCGAGGCAUUAAUCAUGCCCACAGUUAGCCUCAAAGGCGUCAAUUCUGCCGGGAACACCAUUACCACGAAUGUCUCGUCGAACGAAGCUGCCUUUGUGAAUGGCGUAUUUUCCAAGGAAAUAAUCAUGUCUGACCUUGCCCUCGCUCAGUUGGCAGUCAAUGAUGAGCUUGCUGGCCUCAGGAAUGGAACUGUUGCAUUCCUGCUUCCUGGCGUCAACAUACUUAUUUUCCCAGUUGGCUUGGUGGUAACAAGCUUCUGGUCGCUGAUUGGUUUCGCAGCCUAUGGCUAUGGCACAUUUCAACGUAUCAACUAUCGAGAGUCCUACAGGUCGAGGAAGGCAAGAGCAGGAAAGUCAUCCGCUGGGAGAAUCUGA